GCUGUUGCUAUGCGACGCUGCUGCAAACAAUCUACACACAUAAACUGCUAGCUAAGGCACGAAUGAACCAGCUAUAUUCAGAGUUACACAUUCAGAGGUUUUACCCAUUUUUCAGCAUUUUUUCGUCCACAUUCAUCAUUCAACAAUCCAGGGAGCCACUGGAGACGGGCUAAAGAGGCUUGUGGCCCCGCAUGUGGCUCCGGAGCCGCAGGUUGCAGACCCCUGGUUUAGGGUAACGUUACUGAUGUUCAGGUUGUUUCCAUGCAUCUUCCAGACACAAUGUACUGUUCCCAGCAAAUCAACAUCCCUCCCGAGCUGCCAGACAUCCUCAAGCAGUUCACUAAGGCAGCCAUCCGUACACAGCCCAAGGAUUUGCUGCUGUGGUCUUCGGCAUACUUCAAUGCGCUGUCUAAAGGAGAGAUUCUGCCUGUCAAAGAUAGGCUAGAGAUGAAUGUCGCCACCCAGAAGACAGACACUGGGCUGACUCCAGGUCUACUUAAGACUCUCCACAAACAGCUGUCCCACAGGCAAACAUGCAACAAGGAGGAACUGCAGAAGAAAUGGAAGGGUCUGUGUCUACCCAUGGAGCAGCUGGAGACCCUGCUGUCGCUGGGCAGCUUUGGCUCAGACAUCGACUGGAUGGAGUUCUUCGCUCUGGGCUGCAGUGCACUGGGAGGGGGUCUCUUGCAUUCUCUGAAGUAUGCCUGUGAGAUCCUGACAGAGGAUGAUGAGGGCGGUGCUGCGAGGAUCCCGUUCGACAUCUUUGUCAAACUCUACACCUACCUGGCUCACCUGGACGGGGACCUGUCACAGGAUUACGUUGACAAGUUUCUCAGCAGCCUGCAGGAACAAGUCAACAAGCAGAACGGCAUGAUUCAGGUUUCCAACUUCUCCAUCAGCAGGCAGGGAGGGAAGGAGAGAUGGAAAGCCAUAGACAACAGGAAGCAAGUGAUAGAAGUGACAAAAUGACAGUGUUCAAUUAAUAAAUGGGCAUGCUAAUGCUCGUUCAAGCACA